AUGGGGUACUGGAUUCUGAAUGAGAGUCUCUCUGUCAUGUUAGUACUCUCCUGGUUGGGAGUUAAUUUAUAUCUGUUUAUCGACACAUUCUACUGGUAUGAAAAUGAAGAGUCUUUCUUUUACACACGAGUUAUUCUGGGUUCGGGACUGGCUUGGGCAAGAGCAUCUGCAAGCUGCCUGAAUUUUAACUGCAUGCUAAUUCUAUUACCAAUCAGCCGAAACCUUAUUUCAUUCAUAAGAGGAGCAAGUAUCUGCUGCAGAGGACCAUGGAAGAGGCAAUUAGACAAAAACCUCAAAUUCCACAAACUGGUUGCCUAUGGAAUAGUGGUUAAUGCAACCAUCCACGUCGCGGCGCACGUGUGCAACCUGGAGCGCUACCGGCUGGCUCGGUCGGCCCGCGCCCAGGGCCUGGCGGCCGCCCUCUCCAGGCUCGGCGACGCGGCGGGGGAGAGCUACCUGAACCCCGUCCGGACCCUGCGCGCGAACACAGACACUGAGUUGCUAAUGACAGUCGCGGGCAUUACUGGCCUGAUGAUCUCUCUGGCUCUAACCUUGAUCGUGACCUCUUCCACUGAGUUCAUUAGACAGAUCUCCUACGAGUUGUUCUGGUACACACACCACGUCUUCAUCAUCUUCUUCAUCAGUCUGGCUGUCCACGGGGCAGGUCGGAUUGUUCGAGGCCAAACUCCCGAGAGUCUCUUGCUACACAAUGUCACCGUCUGCAGAGGCCACUACGCUGAGUGGCAGGCAGCUGCCCAAUGUCCUGUGCCUCAAUUUUCCGGCAAGGAGCCUUCGACUUGGAAAUGGGUUUUAGGCCCUGUGGUCUUAUAUGCAUGUGAAAGAAUAAUUAGGGUCUGGCGAUUUCAACAAGAAGUUGUCAUUACGAAGGUGGUAAGCCAUCCGUCUGGGGUCCUAGAACUUCACAUGAAAAAGCGCCACUUUAAAAUGGCGCCAGGGCAGUACAUCCUGGUGCAGUGCCCGUCCAUAUCCUCGCUGGAGUGGCACCCGUUCACCCUCACCUCGGCUCCCCAGGAGGACUUCUUUAGUGUGCACAUCCGGGCGGCAGGUGACUGGACAGGAGCUCUGUGUCGGGCCUUUGACGCUGAGGGACAGGCCCUGAAGGAGCCCUGGAACCUUCCCAGGCUGGCGGUGGACGGGCCGUUCGGGGCCGCGCUGACCGACGUCUUCCACUACCCGGUGAGCGUGUGCAUCGCCGCGGGCAUCGGGGUCACGCCCUUCGCCGCCGUCCUGAAAUCUCUCUGGUACAGAUGCUGUGAGGCUCAACCCCCGCUGGCGCUGAGCAAGGUGUAUUUCUAUUGGGUUUGCCGGGAUUCCAGAGCUUUUGAGUGGUUUGCUGAUCUCUUACUCUCGCUGGAGACACGCAUGAGUGAGCAGGGGAAGACUCACCUUCUGAGCUAUCACAUAUUUCUUACCGGCUGGGAUGAAAACCAGGCUAUUCAUAUAGCUUUACACUGGGAUGAAAACAUGGAUGUGAUCACGGGAUUGAAGCAGAAGACCUUCUAUGGAAGACCCAACUGGAACAAUGAGUUCAGGCGGAUAGCCUACAAUCACCCCAGCAGCAGCAUCGGCGUGUUCUUCUGUGGGCCCAAAGCUCUCUCGAAGACACUUCAAAGGAUGUGCCGCUUAUAUUCCUCAGCCGACCCCAGGGGAGUCCACUUUUAUUACAACAAAGCGAGCUUCUAG